AAAGCUGACACCAUGCCCGUCCCCAAAGCCGCUGCCCAACACAAAGUGUACCCCCGGCUCGCAACUCCACAGAAACAGAGAGGCACUCACGUCGGUCGGUUGCUCCGGCGAGAUCGAUCAUCUUACCCCGCCAUGGCCGAGGAGGCGCAGGCGCUGGGGCUGGCUCUGGGUCUGGGAGCGGAAAGCUCGCCGGGGACGACGACGGUCGAGGUGACUCGUUCGGGGGCGUCCAGGCGGCGCAGGUCACCCCGUCUGGAGCGCGCGCGCCGGCAGACCAUGUCCGUGCUCUUCGACGAGCUGGGCGCGCUGCUCCCCGACCUCCCCCCUCGGGCGUGCAGGGCGGACGUCGUCGACGGGGCCAUCGCGUACGUCAGGGCGCUGGAGGACACGGCCGCCGAGCUCGAGGCGCACAGGGCGAUGUCGGCCGGGCGGAGCCGCCGCGCGCGCGGCGGCAGCGCCGAGGUCGUCGCGGCCGGGGAGACGUCGUGCUUCGCCGUCCGGCUGCGCGCGGCAAGGCCGGGCGCGCUCACGCGCGUGCUCCAGGUGUUCCAGCGGCACCGCGUGCCCGUCCUGGCGGCCACCGUCUCGCGAAACGGCGGGGAGGCGGCGGUCACGGUCACCACGGCGGUGGUGGCGCCGGCGGUCGCGGGGAAGAUCGAGGCAGAUAUUAUUAGCUGCAAUGCAUGAGUGAUGAGUCCUACUGAAUGAUCGAUCAGCUAUGUCGUCUUGGAUUCUCGUACUGUUAUCGUUCGGUCGAUGCAUCUCUCCUCGAAUUUUGACGCGUACCUUCAGCACUCAGACAGCCGUAUGCCAGUAUGCUGUACAUAUCCCUAUUUGCCAGCACGCCGUAACAUAACAUGGCAGUACACCAUGCAAAGUCUUCCGAGCUGGAGUAUUUUUCUUCACAGAUCUGCUAAUUCUCCUUUACAUUAGAUUUAGCUAUGUCUCAUUCAAGUUAUCUAUCCCACGAUCAAGUUCUAUAAAUCUCGUGCAAAUAUGUGACCCCUGCGUUGGGCAUGGAGCCUGUUAUCCCCGUGUGCUGUGUAGGCUACGUUUUCUCUUUGAACUCAGAAUUGGAAGAAUCAACAUCUG